AUGGCGUACGAAAUAAUGCGACAAAAACUUAAACAACAAAAACAAGAACGAUUGAUCCAAUGGAAAUUGAAGAAACUUUUUAAAAACACCAAAGAUAAAAAUGUUAGAAGCGGUCACGACGGAUGUCAGCGUCGUCGUGAUAAAAGGCGAAGUCCUGAGAAAUGCACCGGUCCUUGCCCAUCUUAUUCCAAUUGCCAGUGUCCUAGAGCAAGCUGGGGUGGAUGUGGCGACAUCUCUGUUACCGUGGACACCAAACAAUUGACCGGAACAACUGUACCUUGGGGGGUGCCGACAUGCAUGGUUAACGGGGAAUCAGUAACUGUACAUGGCUCGCGUAGUCCAGGAAGUUUUUUCAGUGAAGGUAAAACUACAGUGCGUUACUCCGUGGACACGAAAUAUGGUGACAGUGGGUGUGGAUUUACAGUCACAGUAAAAGUUAGGAGAUGUAACACGAUCACCGACCCAGAAAACGGAUAUAAAUCGUGUUCACAUAGUAACAUUUACGGAUCUGUAUGUUCAUUCUACUGUAACCAUGGAUAUUAUCUGAGUGGUAACCUACAAAGAGAAUGUUCAAAGGAUUCUGUUAUGUACUGGAAUGGAGAACCAGCAAUCUGCAAUGUGCGGCGAUGCCAUCCCCCGUUAUCUGAUAUAAACCAUGGUUUCGUUACCUGUACCAACUCAAAUGCGCAGACCAGUAGAUGUACUCAUAAUUGUGAGGAAGGCUAUAUUAUUGAUGGGGUACAGGAUGUCACGUGUAAUGGUCCGGCAGGGUCAUCCACAGCACAAAAUGGUUGGUGGAGUUAUCAACAGCCUAAUUGCAAAGAUGUUACACCACCAACAUUUACAACGUGUCCAAGUUCCAUCGUAACGUUUGCAAACGAGGGUACCAGAGAAAACACGACAUCGUGGAUUGAACCACAAGCCACAGACAACUCAGGUGAAAGUAUAGUCGCAGUGCAAGUGGAAGGCCAGCCGUCUGGGUCUUCAUAUACUGAGGGUUAUCACACUAUUCGAUACACUGCUACUGACAGUGCUGGAAAUAUUGGGGUUUGUGUUUACAGUGUUAUUAUAUAUUGUGUAGGACAUCAACAUGACCCAGGAUUAUCGACUAAUUGUCCUGAUGGAUACAUAUGGGGAUCAGAAUGUCAAUUCAUGUGUGUGCCAGGAUAUAACUUGACUGGUAUCACAUCUUCACGAUGUAACGUUGCUGAUAACACGCCAAGUGGGGUAUGGAGCAACCCGCAGCCAUAUUGCCAACCAAAGGAAUGUCCGGCACUCUCACCUCCGUUAUAUGGUGAUUUCUAUGGAGGAGAUCAGUGUUAUAACACGUUUAGUACAUGGUGUAACUUUGAAUGUGAUAUUGGAUAUGACUUAAUUGGAAACCGUUAUAUAUACUGUGGGGCUGAUACUAAAUGGAAUGGCGAACAACCGUAUUGUAAAGUACGAACAUGUCAAACACCAGACGUUUCUGAUGGGAUGGUAAUCAGGAAUAGCAGUUUCUGCUCUCUCGAUAAUGACACAAUGCCAUAUGGUAGUCUGUGCGAUUUCAGCUGCAAAGAAGGUUACCGCCUAGAGGGCGCUCACUCAGUAUCAUGUGGUCCAGACGGUGUAUGGUUACAGCUAUUUCCGACAUGUGAAGCUAUCACUUGCGCAAGUAAUGAUCUUCCUGAUCCAAUAAAUGGAUACAAGAAUUGUUCUGAUGUCGCUGCAUACGGGUCAACAUGUUUGUUAAAUUGUAAUUACGGAUACCUACCGGCAACGCCUACUCCAAGAACGUGCAUUAACAAUGGUGCAGGCUAUGGCGUGUGGAGCAAUGGAACCAUAUCUUGUCAAAUCGUUAUGUGCGACCCGGUUGAAGAACCAGAACACGGGAAUAUUACCCUAUGUACUUAUGAAGGUGAUGUGGUUGACGUAGAUGACAGCCAAAAGUACGGUAGUUAUUGUGUUGCAAGUUGUGAUAUUGGAUACACUGCUAAUGGUUCCAUCAGUAGGAAAUGUUUAGCCAAUGGUGAAUGGGACGGCGUGCCUUUACAAUGCACAGAUAUAACUGCUCCUGAAGUCACGUGUCCUUCAGAUAUGGUGCUUGUGGCACCGAUUCUACGCAACACUACAACUCCUGUAUGGAACUGGGAGCCCGUCAUGGCCAGAGACGCAGGAAUUAAUUUCCCAUCUACAUUGGUUGAAAUUGAUUGGGCGCAAGUAAACGGGCAAAGGCCAGCCCAUCUCUCAGAAGGCAGCCAUAUCAUGACUUAUGUUGCAACUGAUGCUGCCGGAAAUUCGGCCACGUGCUCGUUUCUGUAUACAGUACAAGCUGUAACCUGUCCGGUGCCAAGUGUGCGUAAUGGGUACGUGUCCAGUUGUUUUGAUGAAGACGUUGACUUCCCGACUGAAUGUGAAUUCAGAUGCGACCGAGGUUUUGCUACAAACAAAUCUGAGAUUGUUUCCACUAGACAGUGUUCAGCCAACCAGGUUUUCAGUGGUGACGAUUUCCAGUGUGAUGUGACUGUAACUUGUCCAGGACCACUUCAAAUUGACAACGGUGUCAUCGAACCUGCUGAAUGUUUAUACAGUUCAACAUUACCAUAUGAUAUAGUAUGCAACCUACAAUGUAAUCAAGGUUAUGAACAAAUAGGACCAUACAGUAAACGUUGUACAGAGACUGGUGUAUGGAGCCAUAUGAAUGAAACAAUAUAUGUGGCACCGCCAGUAUUUUUAGCGUCAUCUGAACAAUUUGUAAACGUAGAAGCUGAGAGGAAUAGCACAUUAAGUGUCGUAUACUUUGAUGAACCUGAUGCAACUGAUAACUCAGGAAAUGUCACGAUCAAAAGGCAAGCUGGCCAUCGCGGGCCUAGUGAAUACUUUCCAGAAGGUAGCACAACAGUUACAUACAUUGCAUCAGAUGCUUCCGGAAACUACGCUCUGCAUGACAUUAAAGUCCGUGUUGCGGUUUAUCGAUGCCAAGCCUUCCAAACAUCAUUUGGUGGUCAGGUUGAAUGCAGCAGUUAUGUCCAUGGUGCAGUGUGUACAUUCACAUGCAAUGAAGGCUAUCGUCUAGUAGGGUCUGAUACAAGGUCAUGUGAACGAAAUGAUACAGGGUAUAUGUAUUGGAGUGGCACAGCAGCAAUGUGCGAAAUUGUAACAUGUCCAGCCCUAUCAACACCAUCCAAUGCAAUUAAGUCUGGAUGCCUGAAUUCUCCACCCGACACAGAGAAUUAUGGUACUAUAUGUUCAUUCUACUGUGAUUAUGGAUACAAGGAAAGUGGAUAUACCCAAAGUCAAUGUAGAGCGGAUGGUACAUGGAGCACGAAUAAUUUCACGUGCUCUGAGAUAAACUGUGUUCCAUUAGUACCACCUAAUGGUGCAAGUGUUUCACCUGUCAAGUGUACUUCAACACCAACUCCCGGUGAUAUAUGUACAUUCCAUUGUACACAUCAUGGUUACGAAGUAGUACCAGUUGAGAACGUGGCGAUAACGUGUCAAGCCAUUGGUGAUUGGUCUGCAAAUACAACAUCUUUACAGUGUGUUGACACACAAACACCAGUGUUUACUACAUGUCCUGACGACAUAUCAGUUUAUGCAGACCGAUCAUCAAAUUCAACCACAAUAGCAUGGUCCAUCGGUGUAGAUGACAACGAUGGAAAUGUGCCCACAGUUACUUGUGACUACCAAUCAGGAGAAGAAUACACAUCUGGGGACUACUCAGUUACCUGCACAGCGACUGAUCAAAUAGGAAAUGAAGAAACAUGUGUAUUCAGAUUAUCCGUCCAGGUUCGACAGUGUCCACUGUUACCCAUACCAAGUCAUGCAACUGUAGUUGGAGUAUGCGAUGGUAAUUAUGGCAGCACAUGCUACGUCAGGUGUGAUACUGGGCACACCCUCAGAGGAUCUGACAACUUUACAUGUGAAUAUGACGGCAGCAGAAUGAUCUGGCAUACAAAUGACCAACCAGUGUGUGAAGUCACAACUUGUGAACCACUUGAGUUACCAGCUGGUGUUGAGGUUUCACCAGUUAGUUGUUCGGGCUCUACCAAACCACAACGGGGCACUACAUGCACGUUUUAUUGUAGAAAUCAGUACACCUUGAUUGGUAACGACACAUCUGCAGCAUACUGCAAUGAUAAUGGUCUCUGGAACCACACUGUCAUCAACACAGACCUUGAAUGCGAUGACCAAACAAUUCCCACUAUUAUCAACUGCCCGAGUCCUGUUUAUGUCUCGGUAUUUGAUGGAAAUGGAACACAAGUAAUCUUCGAUCAACCUUCAGCUACUGAUAAUUCUGGCAUUAUUCCAACGAUGACUACCGUACCUCCAAAUGUGACGUCUCCACUUCAAGUCAUGCAAGACUCCAUUGUCAAGUUUACAUAUUGCGAUACUAGUGGCAACUGCGAUGUCUGUAAAUUUCACAUCUAUAUUCAAGACGAGGUACCCCCUGUUUUAGUGUACUGUCCUAUCGGCCAAAAUAUCACAGACGCUACAGGUGAUACUUUAGUUUCUUGGACUAAACCAGUUUUUGAAGACCCACUUGGAGGUUCAGUCUUUGUUACGAAUCAGUACAAUGGUGACAAUGAGGUGUUACUGUCAUUUGGUAGUCACACUGUCAGAUACACAGGGACCAAAAACAACGGAAAGCAAGCAAUAUGUGAAUUUAUUAUUCGCAUAGAAGCUAUGAUUUGCCCCACACUAAGACCACCUGAUAAUGGUGCCCUUACAUGUGGAUAUCUUGGAAGAGGGGAUAAAUAUUGUUAUAUGGCAUGUAAUAAUCAGUUUGAGAUUCCUAGGCUUGAAGCCCAAGAUGUUGGGGACCCGUAUCUGUGUGCUCCAGGUGGUACAUGGAUACCUGGGGAGACUGUACCUGAUUGUUCAGAAACAAAGAAUGCAAGACGGGCUUGGCUUGGCAGUGAAGUGUAUUAUUAUGCAAGUGACUGUCCAAGCCAUAAUGCAACCAGUUAUUUGGAGGAGGUAUUUUACGAGAUGCUGCAGAACAAUAUUCUCUGUUCUGGUACGUGUUCCAUCGGUGAGGUGACUAUAACCUGUGGGGCAAUUGCUAACACACGCAAACGGUCAGUUAUAGAACGCGUUGAAAGUGCAGGUAGAGCUAGGAGGGAUACGAACCACAAAUUAAGUAAGAGAAAUGUAUUUGACAAUGAAUUGAAGGUUGUCUUCGUAAUUGAAAGGGACAUGUCUGACGGCAUUGAUGUGUUGGAUGCAGAGACCGAGAUGUGGGAUAUCGUUGAUACGCUACAGACUCCCAUUGAUGAUGAUGCUGCUUGUUCUCGGGGGUCGUUUGAAGAUAGAGACAAGGAGAUUUGCGUCAGUUGUGCACGGGGUACCUAUCAAGAACUUACAGCACAGACAGAAUGCAUAUCAUGUCCAGAUGGAACGUCCACCAUUGAAGAAGGAAGUCGAAAUAUUACAGCAUGUAUACCAAAAUGUCAAGCUGGAUUCUACUCUGAAUCAGGCGUGAUUACAUGUAGUGCUUGUGAUAUCGGUUAUUACCAACCCGCCACAGGUCAGACAUCGUGCUUGCUAUGUCCUAUUGGAACAACGACAAUAGACCGAGGAGCAGCAUCCCUCGAUCAAUGCAAAGUGCCAUGUGAGCCUGGAUACUAUUCUUCUGAUGGGAUGGAACCAUGCAGUCCCUGUCCGAGAAGAUAUUAUCAACCCAAAUACCAACAACAACAAUGUAUUUUGUGCUCUGGUUCACUUACAACGAUUGGAACUGGAACUGUUCUCAAUACUGAAUGUGUUGAUAUCAAUGAAUGUGACAGUAAUCCAUGUCUAAAUGGAUCUGUCGCUUGUCAUGACAUGAUUGACAGCUACAUAUGUAUAUGUGCUGAUGGCUACACUGGUUCCAGGUGCGAAGUGAACAUAGAUGACUGUUUCUCUGCACCAUGUCUGAAUAAUGGUACAUGCGUGGAUGGUGUUAAUGGUUACUUUUGGUACAACUGUGAAGAGAAUAUCGACGAGUGUAGUUCCUCCCCAUGUGCGCACGAUUCGUUAUGUACUGACUUCGUUAAUGGGUUUCACUGUCAUUGUCCAUCUGCCUAUUAUGGAGAUUUUUGUGAACAUGAAACUGAUUUUUGUGCCCAGGAACCUUGUCAGAAUGGCGCCACCUGCGUUAACGGUGUAGAUACAUAUUCAUGUGUGUGUGUGGCAGGAUUUACCGGAACCAUCUGUGGAGUAAAUAUUGAUGACUGUCGGACCAAUCCAUGUAAAAAUAAGGGUGUAUGCGUGGACGGUAUUAAUACUUACACGUGUCAGUGCCAACAAGGAUUUACAGGUGAAGAAUGCGAGAGUACAUUAGACUUGUGUGUGAACAAUCCGUGUUUGAAUAAUGGAACAUGUGUAGUUUUAGGUCAGACAACUGCAUGUUUUUGUCCACCUGACAAGGUCGGCGAGUUUUGCCAGAACGAUAUGGAUCUGGAUGGCCCAUGUGAGAAUGGCGGCACAUAUAAAAGAGUGAGGAGACAGAUGGCAUGUGCCUGCAUUUCCGGGUAUAUGGGAAAAUUCUGCCAAUACAAUAUCGACGAGUGUUACUCAUCUCCAUGUGCAAAUGGAGGUACAUGUGAAGAUGGUGUCAAUUUCUUCGGGUGCAUUUGUCCUCCUGGAUAUCAAGGAAUUACUUGUACAGAGGAGAUUGAUGAAUGUCAAUCAAAUCCGUGCGCUGGUGAUUCAACCUGUAUUGAUCACAUCAAUUCGUACACAUGCCACUGUCCUGGAGGAUUAAAGGGAACAAACUGUGAAGAAAGUGAAAAUGUUUGCAGUACAAACCCUUGUGGAGAGACAGGCAGUUGUAUAUUUGGUGACAAUAGCGGCUUCAUUUGUUCAUGCACUCCAGGAUAUACUGGUUUUGAUUGUUCUGUUGAUAUUAAUGAAUGUGAGUCAAUACCUUGUCUCCACGAGUCUACAUGCAUUGAUACGAUAAAUGGAUUUGAAUGCCAGUGUGUAGAUGGGUAUACUGGAAAUCAUUGUGAAAUAAAUGUGAAUGACUGUAAUACUGAUUCGUGUAGGAAUGGCGGUACUUGUAUCGAUGGCAUCGGCUCCUUCAUAUGCAUAUGUGAUGUUGGAUACACUGGUUUGGGGUGUGCAGAAGUAAUUGAUUAUUGUAAUAGUGAACCUUGUCAAAAUGGUGGAAAUUGUAUUAGUGGUCUAGGAGGUUAUGGAUGUGAGUGUAUGCCAGAUUAUAGCGGAGCUAACUGUGAAAGUAUUAUUGAUGAAUGUUCUCACUACCCUUGUGCAAAUGCUGAAAGCUGCAUAGAUGGUGUCGGUGACUACACAUGUAUUUGUAACCCUGGUUGGAGUGGUAAGAACUGUGACGUCACCAUUGAUGAAUGCAUGUCCUCCCCGUGUCUUAAUGAAGCUCGUUGUAGCGACGCCAUUAACGGAUACCAGUGCUACUGUCGUCCUGGUUUCACUGGAUUGCAUUGUGAGAUCGAUAUUGAUGAGUGUGAUUACGUCGAUUGUCUUAACGGUGGUACAUGUAUUGACGGAAUUGAUGAAUUCAUAUGUAUCUGUACUGAGGGAUAUUUGGGUAAAUUCUGUCAAAUUAACAGUAACUUGUGCUCACCAAAUCCGUGUUCCAAUGGCGGUGUGUGUGUAGCUGCUACCAAUGGAUAUUCGUGUAACUGCAUUGACGGUUAUGGAGGUGUAUAUUGUGAAGUUGACAUAGACGACUGUGUUGAUCACAAUUGUGCUCAUGGUGCAACCUGUAUUGAUAAGUUGAACCACUAUAUAUGCUCCUGUCCUCCUGGCUAUACCGGUAACAUGUGUGCAUCUAAUAUAAAUGAAUGUUACUCUUCUCCUUGUCUAAAUGAUGGUACUUGUGUGGACAUUGUUAAUGGUUACCAAUGUACAUGUAUGCAAGGUUACAUCGGUGUACACUGUGAAAUAGACGAAGAUAACUGUAUUCCAUACCCAUGUGAUAAUGGUGCUGAGUGUGUUGACGAAAUAGAUGACUUCAACUGUUUAUGUCCAACGGGAUUCAGGUACUCUUUCUACAGCGGCAAACAUUGCAGCAAUAACAUCGAUGACUGUAGCAGUGAAUCAUGUGAAAACGGAGCUCUGUGUAUUGAUGGUGUCAACGAAUUCAUAUGUGUGUGUACGCCUGGAUACACAGGGACAUACUGUGGAGAAGCUUUGCCUACAGACUUCGACUUGGUAUUCACAGAAUCUGUUGAAUCUGGCUAUUGCACGGUUGACCUAGCUGACGGAAAGGACAUUCGGUCGUGGACCUUGUCAAUAUGGGCCGUAAUCGAAUCAUACCCGGGUACAUAUACCCUUGCAAUAGAGUACACGCAUAACGGUUAUAUAGUGUUUUCUGUCAAUCUAACUGAAAGUGGCGUCCAGAUUGCUAUAAAUGGGGUCAGGCAUUAUACAUACAUGGAAUUGGAUGAUGGUAAAUGGCACAAUAUUGCUGUCACAUGGCAAAGUGAAGGUGGUAAUCUAGCUAUAUUCAAAGAUGGGCAUUUUGAGGACCACGUUGAUGACUAUCAGACUGGAGAUAAUUUACCUAGAGAAGGCGUAUUGGUAAUACGAUCAAUUGUACCAGGAUUUCAUGGCAGUAUAUCAGCCUUACAUCUGUGGAAUACAGUUUUGGAUAAUCAUAAAAUAGAUGACAUUGCAGUAAAUUGCCGCCAUGAACACCACGGUAAUUUGAUUUCCUGGGCAGAAAUCCUAAACCAUGUUGACGGAAUUAUAAUAGAAGCCAGAGCCCCGUCUUUCUGCGACGAUGUGGAUGAGUGUGCCAGUAACCCAUGCACACAUGGAGGUGAAUGCAAUGACAUGUUACAUGCAUUCAAAUGCACCUGUCCGAUUGAAUAUGCUGGAGUUACGUGCGAUACCAUGGUAGACUUCUGUGAUGGGAAUGCCUGUCAGAACGGUGGCACAUGUGAAGUAGUUGGAACAAGUUACAUAUGUCGUUGUAGCAGUGAUUUCAAAGGCGAAAUGUGCGAUGUAGGAAUAGUCUGCUCUUCACUGCGUGCACCACACAAUGGUUUCUUGGACUGCAAUGAGACUGAUGAUGAAACUGAGUGUCGGAUAUGGUGUCAAGAUGGUUAUGCAUUUGGAGAAAUCAAGCAGGACAUAUAUCGCUGUGGAGCAAAUUCUAGCUGGAAAUGGAAUCAUGAAAAUAUAGACAAUCCCACAGCCAAAUUACCAGACUGUUUAGAAAUAAAGAGACCAAAAGCAAUAAAGGCUUCCUUUGAAAUUGUUUAUCCGAGCAUGGCAUGUACGUCACCGGAUGAAAACACCGAGAUCAUAGCCUUUGUUGAAGAAAGAGUCGAACGUAUCGAAGACAAUAUCACUUGUAUGAGAAAUGGCGAAUGCAGCGUUGAAAACAUACAGGUAAACACAUGCAACACAGUUGAGAACAGUGAACAAGAUGUGACGGAAGAAGGUGGCUCCAUUGUGCUCACAGUUUUACAGGGAAUCGACACACAGGGAGUACAUGCAAACACUAACCCAUCAAGACGUAAAAGGGCUGAUUCAAGUUCUUACGACUAUGCCCUGGAUAGCAUGUGGAAGACGGAUAGUGAAUUGUUCACUGCCCUCAACAUGCUUAAUGAUGCCGGCCUAUGUGCACUUAAUAUAGGAGGUCAACAAUUUGCACCAGAUGUGAACGCAUCACAGGGCGAAAUUCAGGAUGUAUGUCAGCCUGGUGCAAGGCCACUGGGAAACAAUAUUUGUGUGUCUUGUGGAAUCGGUACCUACCUGACACAGCCAGAAGGUUGGACAUUACCAGUUUGUUUGUCAUGUCCAGUGGGUCACUAUGCCGAUGAAGAGUCACAGAUUGAAUGUAAAACCUGUCCGGAAAGUAGCACAACUGAUGGACGUGGUGCUAUAAAUAUUAGUGAUUGUUAUGCUCUGUCCACCGAUGAGACACCUACAGUAACCCAGGAAUCAUCCACAAUAUACGAACCGUCAGACCCAUCUAAUCGUACAGUAAUGGUGAUUGCGAUAGUGGCUGUUAUACUCUCUAUCACUUCAAUUGUGAUUAUAGUAUGGUUCGUUCUUAGAUCAAAGGGUUAUUGCAAGCGCGGUUCAAAUGUAGAUGCAAAGCUACUCGAAGACGAUACUCGCCCCUAUACACCGAUCAGCAUGUCUGCAUUUGGUGUGGACCUACCAAUGGGAGAGUUUUACGUAGAAGAACCCCCUCCACCAUACGCUGAUAAAGAAGCUGCUUAUGGUGCCUCAACUUGA